AUGCUUCUCGAUUAUUUCUUGCUUCCGCUCUUUUUCUCUCCUGGUUUCUCUUGUCCAUUCUUGCGUCUCUCUUACUCGAUUCUUGCAAUUUCAAUCAUGGUGAUAGCGAGUCAGCUAACCAUAACUCAAUCCCCAAUUUCUUCCUUGAUUUCUAGUGUUGGUAACACUGUUUCUGUUAAACUAGAUGAUACAAAUUAUGUCACUUGGAACUUUCAAAUAGAGCUCUUGUUACGUGGGAAUGGAAUUCUAGGGUUCGUCAAUGGUUCAUUCAAAUGCCGGCCUCAAUUCUUGGUCACGGAGGAUGGCUCUAUUCUUUCCGACGAAUUCACGAUUUGGACGAUUCAUGACACAUCACUCAUGACUUUGAUUACUGCGACGUUGUUGCCCUCAGCUAUUUCGUGUGUUAUUGGUUGCUCAACCUCUAACACCAUGUGGGUCAAUCUUCAUGAACGAUUUGCAAGUGUUACCAGAGCAAGCAUUUUCCAAUUAAAGACCGAUCUUCAAAAUAUCAAGAAAGGCUCAGAAACUAUUGAUCAAUAUCUUCAGAAAAUCAUGGAUGUUCAUGAUCAGCUUUCUGCUGUUGGCGUUGAAAUUUCGGAUGAUGAUACUGUCAUUUUGGUUCUCAAAGGCUUACCUUCUGAGUAUAAUACGGUCAAGGCUGUGAUUCGGGGUUGUGAUCAUGGUAUUUCUUUGAAAGAUAUUCGAUCUCAAUUGAAGGCUGAGGAAGCCACAAUUGAGAAAUCCACUCGCAAUGUUCCAAUCAUGUCUGCUAUGGCUGCCAUAACUCGAGAUUCUUCUUCUGGGUCUGGUAUGAACUCUAUUCCUUCUUCCCCUAUGCCUUAUGGGUCUCAUAAUUCUUCCUCUGGAUUUCAAGAUAAAGGCAAAGGCAAAAUGUUCUAUACUCAACAUGGCUACUCUAAUGGUUAUGGUUCUCAAGGUUAUGCUCCUGUGCCUAUUUGUCAAAUUUAUCAUAAAAAGGGUCAUAUCGCUGCUACUUGUUGUUUUCGAUCUACAAUUCCAUCUCACUCUGAGGCUAAACCCUAUCAAAUUUGUUCGAAGACAAAUCAUACUGCCAUAACAUGUUUCUAUCGAGACAAUGUUCCUUCUGGUUCCUCACACUCUACUCCAAUGACUGCCAUGACUGCUCAGGCUUGUUCUUCUUCACCCUCUAUUGAGGUUUGGAUUGCUGAUAUUGGUGCAACCAACCAUAUGACUGCUGAAUUUGGGAAUCUGUCUGCUCCUACUCCAUAUAUUGGUUUUGAGACCAUUAUUGCUGCAAAUGGAUCAGGUUUAGCUAUUGCUCAUAUUGGUUCUUCUUCAAUUUCUACUCCUACAAGUUCUCUCCAACUUACCAAUGACAAGCGGAUAUGGCAAAUUAUUUUCACGGGCCUCAGUCAUAAUGGUUUCUAUCUUAUGCCUCUUCCUUCUUCUGUACAUACUGCCUUCCUAGGCCAAAGGAUUGCAUCUAAGCAUUGGCAUUGUAGACUUGGACAUCCUACCAACUCUGUUGUUCAACUUUCUUUGGACAAAUCUGGUAUAUCCAGUUCUUUUUCUUCUGCUCCUCAUAUAUGUCAACCUUGCUUGAAGGGCAAGUUUACAAAGCUCCAUUUUGUUUUAGCUAAGUCUAAAUCUCGAAUUUCUUUUGAGACCAUUCAUAGUGAUGUAUGGAGCCUGGCUCCUAGGUCCUCUCUUGAAGAACGUAAGAAUAGACAUUUGAUCGAAACCACUAUCACUUUACUUCAAACAGCCUCAUUAUCUGCCCAGUUUUGGACUCAUGCUUGUACUGCAUCUGCAUAUCUCAUUAAUCGCAUUCCUUGUCAGACCUUGGAUAAUAAAUCUCCCUUUGAAUUAUUAUAUGGCAAAUGUCCUGUUUUGGAUCAUCUUAGAGUGUUUGGUUGUACUUGCUAUCCCUCACUCAAGCCUUAUGUUCACAAAAAGUUGCAGCCUAAGACAACUCAAUGUCUAUUUCUUGGUUAUGCUUUGCAAUACAAAGGCUACAUUUGUUACAAUUUGAGUUCUCACAAGCUGAUUGUAUCGAGGCAUGUUAUUUUUUAUGAAAGUUGUUUUCCUUCGGCACUUGGGGUCUCUUUUAGUCUUUCACCACUUCAAGAACCACUCAGGACCCCUACUGUCUAUUAUUCGGCAAUUAGUCAUUUGACACACCUACCUUUUCUGCCCGUGAGUCCCAUGGCCUCAGAAUCUUCUUCUGUCUUAUUUUCCCUACUACUCUCUCAUGUUCCUCAGCCGAUCCCAGCAGAUUUAUCACAUUCCUCUUAUCCUCCUUUAGAUUUGGCAACAACUAUCCCAAUUGCUCAUCCCAAUGUUCAUCCUAUGCAGAUUAGGAGCAAAUAUGGUAUUGUCAAGAAAAAGGUGUUCCUAUCAGCUGUUCAAGCCUCUUCAGAUCUCUCUGUUACAGAACCUUCCACUUAUGCUUUUGUAGUAAAAUAUUCUAAGUGGCAGCAGGCUAUGUAA